AUGACUGAUGUGUGGAAUCCACCAAGAAAUGUCAGGAUAAAGUUCAUCAUUGUUUUAUCACUGAAAAGACAUAACAAUAUUUUUAGACUUUUCCUCUCUAGUAUUGCUCAACAACUUACAAGGCUCUUCGGUAUUCUUUAUCUCCUCUCUGGUUCCUUGAAUCAUCAACUCUGCGAUUUUACGAAACUUCUCAGCCUUUUUGGGUAUUUCGUCUUUUCUCCGAUUGGGGUUUCAGCUUCACUAAGGGUUUCAAAACAUGGGUAUUUCCUUUCCUCUUUCGUUUUGGGUGUACGAAAUUCCCUCCGUUUUGUAGCUCAAACGCUACAUAACUUCAACACCAUUUUCCUAAUCAUACUCCUGUCUAUAACAAAUCAAUCAAUUGUGAUGGAUACGGGUUUUCACCAUCAACAAACUUCAUCUCUGAACCAACAAGCUAUAUCGUUCCAAUCUAGCCCAAGAGACAGCAAAUCUGAGAUUAGUAUGAUUGGGGGUUUGGAUUUCCAUCGAAUGAAUGGUACACAUGGCAUGAUUUUUUCAGGGAAUUCUGCUAUAGUAAACAACAGUAGUUCAACAUUCACAGGAAUUGGGAAUUCCUGUGAUUCUAUUAUUGUUGAUUCCGUCCCGGAAUUGAAGCACAGAGCAGGCGUGGCUGUGGAGUGGUCUGUUGAAGAACAACAUAAACUAGAGGAAGCACUUCUCAAAUAUGCUGAUGAACCUGGAAUUAUAAGGUAUGUCAAGAUUGCUGCCACAUUGCGUAAUAAAACUGUUCGUGAUGUUGCUCUCAGGUGUAGAUGGAUGGCGAGAAAAAGACGGAAACAUGAGGAAUUCAGUUUGUGGAAGAAGUCAAAAGACAAGAAGGAUAAAUUGGUGGAAUUUUCCUCAAAGCCAAGUGUCGUACCACCAAUAUCAACAUUUAAUGUGGCUCCAUUUUCAGUUUCAAUGAAUAAUCGAGUCCAGGCUGAUGGUAAUCAUGUUGAAGCAGCUUUACAAGGCUCAAUAAGACAUUUGUUGGAACAAAACAAACAAGUUAUUGGUCAGAUCUCAACUAAUAUGUGUGCACUAAAGCUUCAAGACAAUGUCAACCUCUUCAGCCAGAUGAAGAACAAUAUAUCUGCCAUUUUAAACGACAUGAGAUUUAUUCCUGGGCCACCACUACCUGUAUCGCUAAACGAAGAUCUUGCCAAUACCAUUCUCUCCACUAAAAAUCAGACAAUGAUGUUCACCUCAUCAAGCGGGAUGCAUAUGAAACAAGAACCAGGUUCUUGGUGAGAAGACGAUUUCUUCAGUUUUUAGAUUCUCCAAGUACAGAAUUCAAUCCAAAUUUUCUUCAUGUAUUUUGAUUGCCCAUUUCGAUUGAAACCCAC